AACGUCACUGGACGCGUAUUUUGAACUGUGGUACAACAAACGGCCGGACUGACUGAGAUCAGCAGAGCAGAGAGGAUCCUCUCUGGGACUAACUUUAGGUUAUUAUCAAACUGUUUUAAUAUAAUCACAACACACUGGGAUUUAACGAUGAGAAAGAGUGAGGUGCUGGCAGCAGAGGCUGUGUCCUGCCUGAAUAAAGCUCUGUGCCACCUGAAGGACAUCUGGGAGGAGAUAGGGAUCCCUGAGGACCAGAGACUGCAGAGGACCAAUGUUGUCAAGAACCACAUUAAGAGUUUACUAGACAUGAUGAUCAAAGAAGAGGAUUCUCUGAAAAAGAGGCUCAUAAGCAGCAUUCAGACCUGCAGGACGGAAAUGGAGAAACUCUACCUGGAGCUUCAGCUGACCGGGUUUGAGGAGGAGACCGGUAUCACCAUGCUCCAGCAGGAGAAGAACAUCCGCACACAGGUGGAGGCUCUGAUGAAGGAGAAGACCCUGCGGAUGCAGCAGCUGAAGGUUCUGCUAGACCAGGACCAGGACCUGUGCGACAUCCUGUGCUCCAUGCCCUAUGGCAUCGCUCCAGACUCCGUCCCCACGCCGGAACAGCUGGAGAGCUUCAGCCAGCACAUCACCAACCAGAACGCAGAGAAGACGAGGCGGUAUGCUGAGUUCAUGGACCUCAAAAGGCAGAUCAUCUUGUACAUGGGAGAGCUGGACCAGAUCCCCGAGACCAGCUUUGAGAAGGACGUGGUCUGUGAGGACGAGGACUCUUUUUGCCUUUCAAGAGACAAUAUCACGUCUCUCAAACUGCUCGUUUGUCAGCUGGAGGAACGUAAGGCGGAGAACGAGGCGAUGUGUGAGGCUCACAGAGAGAAGAUCCAGCGGUUGUGGGACCGACUGACAGUUCCUCAGGAGGAGAGAGAGGCCUUCAACGAACACAUGGUCUCAUCCAGGAAGAGGAACCUGGAAGCGUUACACGCAGAAGUUCAACGUCUGGAGGAGCUCAAAAUGUUAAACAUCCACAACGUCACCGACGCCAUCCGCUCCGAGAUCGCCGUGUUUUGGGAGAAGUGCUUCUUCAGCACCGACCAGCGGCAGGAUUUCUCUCCGUAUUUUAGCGUGGACUUUACUGAAGAGCUGUUGAGUCUGCAUGACGCUGAGAUCCAGCGCUUGAAGCAGCAUUAUGAGGAUCACAAAGAGCUUUUUGACGGCGUUCACCAGUGGGAAGAAAGCUGGAGACUCUUCCUCCAGCUGGAGAAAAAAGCCACAGAUCCGACGCGUUUCACUAACAGAGGAGGAAACCUUCUGAAAGAGGAGAAACAGAGGUCUGACCUGCAUAAGAGCCUGCCGAAGCUGGAAAAGAAACUAAAAGUCCAGAUCGACGUGUGGGAAAGUGAACAGGAUCGUGAGUUUCUAGUAAACGGCCAGAUGUUUCUUCAGUAUGUGGAGGAUCAGUGGGAGCUGCACCGAAUAGAGAAAGAGAAGGAGAAACAAGAGAGGCAACUGAAGAAGAGCAAACAGACGGAGGAGGAUAUGCUGUACGGAACGGCGGUACGAACCCCGACCAAACGCAGACUCCUCGGCACUCAUACCCCAAAUAAAUCACGGAAGUUUAACGCCACUUCCAGCCUCUCUAGCGCCACCUCUAACAGCACCGGUCGCUCCGUCUUCGGUGGGACGGUCUGCCGCUCUCCUGGGCCCCGCCCACCUCUCUCAGCAAACAAGGGUUCAGCAGCGAGGACGCCAGGUGGCGGUAAACCUCCAAACCCUCGACUGCUGCAGGGCUGUAACAAGGAGAACGAGGCCCAGCUGAAGGGGAGCCCUCUGAGCGGUGCGUUGCUGACCCCCGCUGGUCAACAGCGUAACUUCAGCAUAGCCUCUGUUGCCAGCACGUAUUCAGAGUUUGUGAGGGACUUGGUCAACACUGAUUCUGUUCAAUCAAGCGAGACCUGUCCAAGGCCACUAACGCCAAGAUCCAGCACGACAUCCUGAACUCCACCACCACCAACCUUUGACCUCUCCCUUAGCCGUCCUUUGGAUGAAGUUCUGAUCUCCCCAAAAACAGCAUCACUGCCUUUCACUGCUUUUAUAUGUAAAUGAAGGUAAUAUAUAUCAAGUGUUAAAGUCAGUGAUGAACAAGGAGCUCAGUGGUCUAUCACUGUCUGUAACAGGAAGAAACACGAUUGUAUCAUAAGUUAAACUAACACUACUUUGGCUCUCAUUCAUAAAUUUAGCCAGUUAUUGAGAUGUAAUAAACGUUGUCGGCAUUUUGUACUGCACAUUUGUUUUUGUUUUUUUAAAAAGAAACGAAAGAAAUGUAAGAUUUCUGAUGUUAUGCAAUCCGUGAUUACAGGACAAAUGUAUUCUGAAUACUUUGCACUUUUUUUAGUAAAUAUAUUACAGCGCAUUCAUUGUGUCAUUUUACACACACACUCACACUGUUCACCUCCAAAUCUGUUUUGAUACAUGUUUGUAUGUAUUUUUGUACAUAUUUCCAUCCGCUGUUCUCUUCAGAGUAACUUCUGUUUGACAAAGACGUUAGUUUAAACAGGCUGUUAGUUAUUAAAGGGGACAUAUCAUAAAAAAAAACACCUUUUCAGUGCUUGUGUUCAUACAUCUGGGUAUCUGGAGUUCCUACCAACCCACAAACU